AUGGACUCCAUGUUCGAGGACGACAUCAGCAUCCUGACGCAGGACGCGCUGGGGCAGGACGAGGACUGGCUCGACAGCCCCAACACUGACCUCUCGGGUGAGAUGUGCUCGGCCUCCCACUUCGCCCUCAUCACUGCCUAUGAUGACAUCAAGAACCGGCUGACGGGGCUGGAGAGGGAGAACUCCACGCUCAAGCGCCGGCUCAAGAUGUACGAGGUCAAGUACCCGCUGAUCGGGGAGUUCGGGGAGGAACACAUCUUCUCCCUCUACGAGGCCAAGGAGACGUCGCUGCUCAAGAGCGAGAAGGCAUCGCUGCAGCAGCAGCUCAACCAGUUCCAGCACGAGCUGCAGAAGAGCAAAGAGCGUGAGGAGCAGCUGGAGGAGAUGAUCCAGGCCUAUGAGAAGCUGUGUGUGGAGAAGGCUGACCUGGAGACGGAGCUGGGAGAGAUGCGGGCGCUGGUGGACACUCACCUGAGCCGCAUCCGGAGCCUGGAGCAGCAGCUCCGGCAGCGCGACAGCAGCUUCCCGGCGCUGGGCACCCCGAUCCCGGCACAGGAGGUGCCUUUCAUCACCCUGCACCCCAACCCCAGCCUGACCCACGUGCUGGAGCGUGCCGGGGGCUGGCAGAGCCGGGGCCUGGAGGCUGAGCUGGAAGCAGCGCGCCAGGAGACCCAACGGGCCCAGCACCGUGAGGAGCAUCUCAAGGCCGAGUGCGAGCGGCUGCAGGCGGAGCUGAAGCACCUGCAGGACACACGGGAGCAGGAGCAGUCAGAGCGGGACAUGGCCUGGGUGAAGAAGGUGGGCGACGACCAGGUGAACCUGGCGCUGGCCUACACGGAGCUGACGGAGGAGCUGUGCCGCCUGCGGAACCUCAGCUCCCUGCAGAGCCAGAUCCUCCGCUCCCUGCUGCAGGAGAAGAGCCUCAAUGGUGGCCAGCGCCACUCCCCGCUCUCCCAGUGCCAUUCCCCAGCCUCGCAGCGCCGCUCGCCGGCCCCGCAGUGUCCCUCGCCCGUCCCCCCGGGCCGCCCUCCCGCACCCCAGUGCCAGUCGCCAGCGCGGCAGCGGCGCUCGCCAGGCCCCCCCACUCAGUCCCCGGCCCAGCAGCGCCGCUCGCCAGCCCCCGGCCCCUGCCAGUCCCCGGCCCAGCAGCGCCGGUCCCCGGUGCCCCCGUCCAGCCAGUCCCCAGCCCAGCAGCGCCGGUCCCCGGUGCCCCCACCGUGCCCAUCACCGGCUUCAGCAUCACCGCACCGCCUGCCCGGAGAGAGGAUGGAGCUGGGCUAUGCCAAACCCUCCAGCCGGCACAUCAAGGCCGGCUUCCAGGGCCGCCGGAGCUACUCGGAGGUGAGCAAUGUGGCUCUGUACCAGCAGAGCCGCUCGCUCUGGCUCCAGCCCGAAGCCUCGACGCUCCCCAAGCACCGACCCUAUGGCGAGGUGUACUUGGCGGGUGCCGGGGCCCCCCUGAGCGCCCAUGAGCCCUUCGAGGAGCACGUCCGCUUUGAGAAGCAGUCGUCGGAUGAGGAGGAUUGGGCACUGCCCAGCCCGCCCAGCCCCGAGGCCGGAGCCAUUCGCUGCGCAUCCUUCUGUGCCGGCUUCCCCAGCCCCGACGCCGACGCCGCACACCGGACGGCUGCUGCCUAUGCCCGGGCAGAGCAUGCUCAGUCCUGGCCCUCCAUUAACCUGCUGCUGGAGACGGUGGACUCGGAGGUGCGGAGCUGCCCGCUGUGCCAGCUCGCCUUCCCCAUCGGCUACCCGGACGAUGCCCUGGUGAAGCACAUCGACUCGCACCUCGAGAACAGCAAGAUCUGA